CUUUCGAAUAGCCAAAUAAGAACAAGGGAGCCUCGGGAUACUAGCUAGGGUUCUAAGAUCCUGGAGAGACGGGAGGGGGCCGCAGCACACCGGAGCGAACGAGAGGAGCGCUCCAUCGUCCAUGGCGUCUAGGGUUUCAUCGAAGGGGAAGGCGAAGGCCGCGAAGGGCUUGAAGGGAUCCGAGGAGAGCUCGGCGGGGCGCUUCGUGAAGGAGUGGAGCACGUGGGCGAUGAAGAAGGCGAAGGUCGUCGCCCACUACGGCUUCAUCCCCCUCAUCAUCGUUAUCGGCAUGAACUCCGAGCCCAAGCCCCAACUCACCCAGCUUUUUAGCCCCGUCUAAGUCCCGAUUCCCCCGAAUCGGAUCCCCGGAUUGUGGAGAUCGUUGGUGGAUCUGAGUAUAAUGGGGCAAUCCAAACAGGUAAUGUGAAAGUAUCAGAGGAAGAUCGAAUAUGACAAUUUUAGAGGUGAGUAGAGAUUAGAGAAGAUGCUUUAGCAGUUAUAGCAUCCGGGCAGGAGAGCGCUCUUCUUUUUUCCUUUUGAUAAGAAAAUUGGCAUAUUAUGUGGAGACUCAAAAUAUUAUUAUGCAGAUGAAUAAUAUAUUAUUGAGACUCAAAAUUCUAUUUCUA